UGUAAUGGCACGGCUUCGUUCUGCUGCACCUGUGCAUGGCUGUCAUGAGCGAGUGUGUGUGUGUGUGUGUGACCUACACAUGCUCCAGCGCUCUCACACCACCGUCCUCUCCGUCUGCUCCUCCUCGGGACUCCUUCUCACCUCAAUGCAGGUGAGCGAUGGACGAAAGCACCUAUGAGACAUUUGAGGAAGAGCUUGGUAAACCACUGCAAGAGGUUCCUCCUCAGAAACCGGUCAAGCAAACGCGAACAGGAGGCAGAGCAGAGAUGUCCGCUCAGAGAAGGGUGCGAGAGGAAGCUCCAAUCGUCCAGCAGGCCCCAAAGAUGAUCCCACAGGAACAUCGGGUCUCCAGCGCCACAGCGUCGUUACGCAGAGCGCUCUCGAUCCAGAACCUGACGCAGAUCGAGACGCCGUGGGAAGGUGUGACGCUGAACAGGUGUCUGAUCGCAGCCAUAACCAUCCUGCUGCUGAGCUCGGGUUUACAGAGAAUACACGAAGCCGUCAGAGGCCGCAGAGACGCCAGUGAAGAGCUCACAGCACUAAAAGAGAGACAUACUAUGAUCAAAAGAGGGAAAAUAACACCGCAUGAGCCGGACACUUCCUUAUGGGAAACAUUUUUCUGGUGGCUUGAUGAUGAUGACGAAGGCAAAUCUAAGAGAGCCACUCGUGGGAUAGUCUCCAGGGGCCUCCGGCACCGGGCCCUUCCCGACCUCAGGCUCCUGAAGAAAAGAGAGACAAGAUUCACCGAGCGCAGAAGAAGAGGAAGACACGAAGUAGAUGAGACUAAAGAGAAACUGACAAAAGAGAAAGAGAUAAAAGUCAAGAGGAAGGUCAAGGAAGUGGAAGAAGAGGAGAAGGACAGGAAGAAGAUGAAGAAAGAGAGCAAGCAACAACCGGUGAAGAGAGAGAAUCAGUGAUGUGCCUAUGCAUAGAGAAAAUAGGGCUUAAAUUAUCAUGAAAAUAAUGCUAAAUUAUCUUAACAGUCCUAAAAUGAUUAAAUGUUUUCUUUUGAUUAUAUCAUGAUGCACUUCUCUAGUCAGUCGAUGAUCUUGUGCAUAAUUUGGUGCUUUUCUGCUUUGUAAAGCCUGUAUUUUUCAAAGACUUGAUAGUAACUUUACCGAAACCAAGACUUUUUUUAAUGACUUGGAAUUAUGACUGCACUUAAAGCUAAUAAACAUCAUAUUCAAACAGA